CUUAAAAUGGCAUGCAUCGGUAAAUUUUUGUACCGCCACCCAGCGAAAGAAAAAUACAACUACGGUGUUGUUACGCGUAUUAACAAUUAUUAUAGAAGAAAUAAAAAUUAUCGUAAAGUUUUCUUUACAAUGAAACAAUUUAUAUUAACUUCAUCAAUUAUUGUAUGAGGUUAUACCUUUUGAAUGUUUGUCAAAAGAUUAAUGACAAAUCUUUUUCUUUCUUGGUUAUACCGGAAUACGUGUCAAUUAACGUUCAUACAUUUUCUUGAAACAUAAGAAGGUGAAAUAAUGUAUUUAUCGGAAAGAUAAAAGUGUUUUUUUUUGUUUCGUCAAAAGGAUAGAUACAUAAUAAAGUUAAUCAAAAAUCAAUUUGUACGUGGUGUCAUCUUAAAACAUCAUAUCAACAUAUGGACCUUUAAAAUAGGUAUAAAAAUAAUGUCUAUAUGUUUGCAAUCUUUAUGGAUAAGUUUACACAUUGUAUUUAUAGAGAAUAAAUUUAGAUAAUGGGGUUAGGUAGUUUUCGAUGGAAACUAUUGCUGAUUGUUAUUAUAAUUAUAUUUCUAUGGCAAUCUUCAAAAAUAUGGUUAUCGUUUGCACAAGAUCAUGUUACAGAAGGAGAAUUUUUGGGAAGCGAAGUAAGGAUAAUAGAGAAGGAAGUUAAUGCAAAAGAAAUAGUUCAUAUAACUGUAUAUUAUGAGACGCUGUGUCCUGAUUCACGAAGUUUUUUUGUAUAUCAUUUAUUGCCAACUUAUGUGAAACUAAAGGAAAGUGUACAGAUCACAUUGAUACCAUAUGGAAAAGCUACGACAACACAAAAGGAUCAUACUUAUGAAUUUAAAUGUCAACACGGACCAAUUGAAUGCCAAGGAAAUAUAAUACAUGCAUGCGCCAUUGAUCUUAUAAAAGAUCAAUCACUUCUAUUGAAUUACUUAUCUUGCAUGAUUAAAAAUAAUAUAGAUCCAGAAAAUAUCAUGGAAAUUUGUGCACAGAAAAUGAAUGUGGAUUCUAAUGUCAUUUCCAAAUGUUAUUCCGGAGCAAAAGGAAAAGAACUUUUAGCUAAAUACGGAGAAUUGACAAGUGCUCUUAAGCCACGAAUUUCUUUUAUACCUACAAUCUCUCUUAAUGAUAGCGUUAAGGACCAGGCUAAAAUCUUGAAAAACUUAUUACAAGAAGUGUGUUUACUGUUUAAAAUCAAACCUGAAGGUUGUCUAUGAUCAAAGUAUAUUAUAUGUUAAAUGAUGUUUUUAAUCAAUGAGCUUCUUCAUUUGAAUCUAAUGAAUUGAAAAUACCUUUAUGAAAUAUAUUUUUGAAAACACUUA